AUGGGACAAGGAGCAUGGAGGGACUUGGCACAUGGAAGCAGCUCAACUGGAUACGCAAAGGAAGAAGGGAGAAGCCAUCUUGAAGACCAGCUCGACCGUCCACUCGACCAACCGGUCGAGUUCCUCAACUCGACCGGCCAAGCUUCAACUCGAUCGAGCUGGAAGUCAAAGUCAAACCCGAAAAAUGUUGCUUCCCCCUUGACUUCCUUUGACCCUAAACCUAAUCCUCUUUCCUCCACCUUGGGAAAGGGUUGGCUAGGCAUUGAGAAGCCCAAUAUCAAGAGAAGCCUUGAUACAAGGAGUUUUAAGAGCUAG